AUGGCUUAUCUCAUUUUUGAAGUCCUAGGUUUUAUUUUUACUUUGAUGUUUCAAAUUCUUACUGCCUUUGCAAUGUGGUUUGUUCCCGCUAGAAAAAAAGAUGUGCGCGAUGAAAUUGUACUGAUCACUGGUGCAGGCAGUGGAAUAGGUCGCUUAAUGGCCUUCCGUUUCGCUUCUCUUGGCUCUACCGUCGUUUGUGUUGAUAUCAACAAACAAGCAAAUGAAGCGACUGUGAAUGAAAUACAAUCAAAUGAUCAGAAAGCUUUCUCAUUCACUUGUGAUUGCAGUAGCAAAGACGAUAUUUAUAAAAUUGCGAAUGAAAUCAAAGCCAAUGUGGGAGAUGUAACUAUCCUCAUUAAUAACGCUGGUAUUGUGAGUGGAAAGAAAUUCUUGCAAAUAUCAGAUGAAUUGAUUGAAAAGACGUUUGCAGUGAACACAUUGGCUCAUUUUUGGGUAAGAGUAAUUUGUGACGAAAUCUCAGCGCACUCGCAAUGCUUUCAUCUAUAAAAUAUACCAAAUUUGUGGCUUUCGGAUUAGCAUAAAAAACGUCUCUAAAAUGCGUGACAUAGCGUUUCGUAGACUCUAAAAAUUAAAACAUUUUCUGGGGGGACCAUGCCUCCGGGCGGCUGGACCCCCCAGUUGUUUUGUUUAUUUGACGAUUUGACUCCCCCCCCCCACACACUUUUGGGGCUGGUACGCCCCUGAUAUUGCGCCAGUAUUAUCGAGUGUACUGGUAUUCUGGUGACCCCCUGGAUAGGCCUGGCCAUAGUGCUUAGUCCUGACUUGGCGUUUCUUUCUAGACUGUCAAAGCGUUCCUUCCAUCAAUGCUCGAGAGAAAUCAUGGUCAAAUAGUGAGCAUAGCGUCCUCAGCUGGCCUGGCAGGUAUAGCAGGACUCACUGAUUAUUGCAGCUCGAAAUUUGCUGCUGUUGGAUUCAACGAGAGUCUACAGAUGGAGUUAGUCGCCAUGGGAAAAUCUGCUGUCCAAACGACUGUGGUGUGCCCGUACAUUAUUAAUACUGGCAUGUUUCAUGGCGCUAAAUCCAGGUUAGCUGUGGCGUUCAGCAAAGCAAGCUUGAUUGUGCAGAGAUAAUACAUGUUCUUGAAUGUGGACAUCUUAACCAUUUAACGUUCAACAGAACAUAUACUGCUGAGUCUUAAUAAGCAUGAUUAGAUAACCCAAUAGUACAUGUUCUUGAAUGUGGGCUAUUUUGAAGUGAUCUGUCGGUUGUACAGAACUCACUGCUAACUUAUGAUGGGACCAUCUUGAAUGCGAGCUAGCUACCGCUUCCUCGGCUAACCAUAAUUUUAUUUUCAGGUUUCCGUGGUUACUCCCAAUACAAGAUCCCGAAGAAACAGUUGAUAAAAUUAUGAAUGCGGUUUUAACCAAUCAGAGUGUUGUCAUUAUUCCACAACUUUUGACGUUAUUACUGGUUUUAAAAAGGUGAGCUGCUAGAACUAUCAAUUUAUGUUUAUACUGGAUAGCUCUAUCAGUUCUAAACUGUUCAUUCUAGAGCGGUCCAGUAAGGAUCAUCUCUUAUUGAUCCAGUGUUACUACAGGAGGAAACCUAAACUAAACUAAUUUUAUUUAUACUGGAUAACUCUAUCAGUUCUAAACUGUUCUUCCUAUAAAGUUAAGGGUCGUUCAUUUCUCAGUGUUCUUCUUUAAUUCCAAUCUAGCAUUCUUCCUCAAGAGUCCUUUAUUACAAUGUCGGAGUUUUUUGGAGCAAGUUCCUGCAUGGAUGAAUUUAAAGGGAGAGAAAUUAAAAAGAAGAAAUAA